CCUUUUUUUAGACUUAAUCCUAGUUCACACUUGUCUUAGGAAUCGGGGAUUGUUUUUGCUAGCAAAAAGAAUCCCCUAUUCCUAAGAAAAGGAGGCGGUAAUCGGGGUGGGGUGGUAAGGCCCUCCCGCCCUCUAAACUCCAAACGCCCCGGUUCCUAGGCAACAAGCCAACAACAAAACAUGGCGGACGAAACUUGUAAAACAGUUUUAAGACACGUUUGCGUCGUAUAAAAUGGUUAAAAAUGGCUUUGAAUCCCCUCGCUAAUCCUAAAGGAGUUAAAUUACUUUGUGAACUCUGUCAAAAACCGGCGUUUGAACAAUGCACGCAGUGCAGAGUGACAUACUAUUGUUCUCCAGAGCAUCAGAAAGCCGACUGGUUGGGUAUCCAUGAAAAGAUAUGUCAAUUAUUAAUACCACUGCGUACUCCGAUGCCUACACUUGGCUCUGAAGAUGAUCGUCAACAUCGGAAAAAUCAGCAGCUUAUUAGACAGAAACAAAUGAUAGAGUUAUGUCGAACAACUGGUCAAAAGCUAUUGUUUGAGGGAAAGUAUGAAAGCGCUGUACCAGCUGCCUUGGCUGCAUUAAAAUUUGCAAUCCAAGUGUAUGGGCUGUCAAGUAUUGAGUUAGUCCCUUCUUAUCUCAUUCUGGGAGAAGCAAGUAUUGGUCUAAACAAAUUAUCCCAGGCAAAUGAUUACUUAUCCCAAGCGCAGUGGACUGUGUUGAAAACCCCAGAAUGUGGAAAUGAGGUCAAAUCAAGAUUGUAUAGAAAUCUUGGACUCUUGGAAGCUGCACGAAAAAACUAUUUUCAAGCUUUAAGUCAUUUAUCUAAUGAUGUAUACCAUUCAUCUUGUGCUUAUGGUACUGACGAUGUUCAAACAUCUGGGGGUUAUUUCCACAUGGCAAAUGUUUUCUACAGACAAAACAGGCUGGAUGUGGCUUUCUCACUUUACAACCAGGUUAUAGAUAUAUGGAAUAAUUAUUUAAGUUGCCUGGUGGAUCAAAGAACGCACAAACCAGAAGUCCCCACCGGACUUAUUGGACAGGUGAUAAGUGGUGAUGAUGCAAAUGAUGUGGAUAUUCUAGAUGAAGCGCAAGAGGCAGAAGCAAUUCAAGUUCUAAAUGCAAUCUUAGAACUACGUGAACAGCAGGCUGUUCAAAAUGCAUCCAUAAUGUGCAAGAUUUACCACACUCUUUCCAUGCUGCAUUUUAUUCUAAAUGACUACAAACAGGCAGAGGAGUUUGUAAGCAAGGCAAAAAUUGCAUGUGAAAACAUUGUAUCUGGGGAUCCUGAAAUGGCAGCGAAGAUUUUGGAGUUGUCAAAGGCAAUUGAACAUGCAGAAACAUCAGCCUUGUGAAGCAUGAUUUAUAAAAAA